UAUGAGUUAUGCAAAUGUAUAUCGAAUUUAUAAUCUUAUAGUAAAUUUAUAUUAAUCUAAUUGAUCCAAAAAAUAAAAAAUAAUAAAAAAUAAUGAAGGGGUUAGUCUAAAGCACGAGAGUAGGACUGCUGGUGGUAGACUUCACACAACAGCAAACAGAAGAAUCAUAAAAGUCUACGCACAAGUCAACAUGCUCCACCAUUUUUUAUCUCCCAUUUAUUAUUAUUAUUAUUACUACAAUUUAUUUAUUAAUAUUUAAUUAUUUAUAGAAUGAGUUAGGGGUUGUUUGGGACCCCCAACUCAAUUCCUUAGCCACCACUUAAUAAGCCAAAAAGAAAAAAAAUUAAGCAGCAGCAGCAGCAGCAACUAUGAAGCUUCUUUCCACACAACAGGAAGCUCACUAAGUAGUAAGAACAACUGAGCUAUCAAACAAUAACAGAACACACACACACACACACACACACUAAAUAUAUAUAUAUACGCAUUAUAUAACGUAUGUACAAUUAUACGAAUGCAAACACAUUUGAUGAUCAUGGCUGAUAAUUACACCAACACAAACUUACCGUACGAAACCGACUUCGAGGUUUCCGAUUUCCUCGAAUUCAACGACUGGAUCGAGGAGGGCCCGCCAUUAUCGUUUUCUUCGAUAUCUGCAGAUUAUAACAUCCCUCAAAAUCCAAAUUAUGCGAGUAACGAAAUAAUGAUGAACUCGGGUGCAAGUGGAAUCAGCAGUAGCAGCAGCAGCAGCAUUCAUGAAGGGAAUAUCACUAGAGAUAGUGGGAGUGGAAGGGAGAAGAAAGAAAUCAGAGAGAAAGUUGCUUUCAAAACUAAGUCAGAGAUUGAAGUACUUAAUGAUGGCUUCAAGUGGAGAAAAUAUGGCAAGAAGAUGGUCAAAAAUAGCCCAAAUCCAAGGAACUACUAUAAGUGCUCGAUCGAAGGGUGCUCAGUGAAAAAGAGAGUCGAGAGAGACAAAGAUGAUCCAACUUACGUGGUAACGACCUACGAGGGCAUCCACAAUCAUCAAGGUCCACCUCAGCUGUGAUAUAUCAAAACUCAAAAAAAAUAAAAUUAAAUCACUAUUAUGUAGCUAUAAUUCUCAGUGAAGUAUUUCAAGGUCUCGGGACUGUGAGAGUGUAGACAGAUUUCACAGCUGAAAAUGGGAUUUUCCAGCUAGAUGUACGAUAAAGAAAUUUCUAGGACAAAAAGCUA